GGCCUAAACCAGAUGAUUUAAUAUUUAUCGUUUCAAGCUCAAAACUGGAUUCGAAAACUAAAUUUUUGCAAGUUGCAUCUUGGAGCAAUGAAAUUCACGCCUUCAACUUUUACCAAAGAAAUGGAAAUGAAUGGUGGUGGCUCGGAAGUUCUUGGCAUGCACUCAGCUAUCCAACUCGCGGCCAGGGUCCCUUUGAUGGCCACGUCAAUGGUUCAUUGGUAAUGAAGGAACUUAACUCUCCCUGGUUACAUUGGCACUCUCAAUCAUUUACAAUUUUUGAUUGCCUAAAUCCUAAAGAUCCAGUUAGAUUUGAACCUUUAUUUCUAAAUCGUUCAGAUGCGAAUGAACUUGAACCUAUAAUCAAGGGUGCUAUCUCACAUUGGAAUGUUUUCCGGUUAUAUGAAUCUCUGGACUUCACAUCAUUUAAAGUCUCCAACAUUAAAACAUUUAUGCGACAGAUAAUUGACAAUACUACUUACAAUAUAAUUGCAUCUGAAACACAGUAUUCAGCCCUUUCAUCAAAUAAUGAAUUGCAUUUGCCCGCAUCAUUUUUUUUAAACAUCAGCGUAUUUAACGAACUAUCAAAUAUUGGUUUUAUAACCCUUCAAAUUCCUAUAAUUAAAAUUGAUGCAGAAAAAUACAUGAAAAGCAUUGAGAUAUAUGAUAUAAAUUUAAAAGAUGGUAAUAGAAUUGUUGAGAAAGGUGAUGGCAUGUUUGCAUUCCCUGUUCCGGAACCCGCGUAUGAGGAUACUUCCCUGUUCUCAAUGUUUUUUAAUCAGAGAACUUUAAAAAAAAAGGGGAUAACUUUACUUGAGUUGCUAAGUCCAAAAUUUAUUCUAUGUCUUUUGAUGAUCGAUUUUUGCAACCCGCUAGAUUCAAAACAUCGGCAUCAGUUAUUGAAGUAUAUUCCGGAUACUGCGAAUGCAUUGGCUGUCGAGGAUAAUAAGUAUAAGUAUGAUCUCGAGGAUGAGAUUGUGGAGAGUAUAAGAAAGAAUGUCGAAAAUUUGCCGAAACACUCAGUUGAAGCCGAAUUCCUGGAAUAUUAUGACCAUAAAAAUUUG